AUGUUAUGCAUUAUACAUCACCUGCAGCCAGUCAGAAAGCUCCAGAAAAGGAUUGUAUUUGCCUGGACAAAAACGCAAGGUUUUUUGUACCGCUGCCAUCUCCCUGGAUUGUCAUGUUUCUUUACAGUCUGACCCUUGUUUAAACUUGUAUAUUUUUAAAAUCCGCGUCCAUCUUAUCUCUGCAGAGGGGAACUAGGGACGAGGUGACAAAUAUCUCCACUCCGAGAGCACAUAGGAAGUGUCUGAAGAGAGCUGCACGCAGCUGGUCUAUCCAGAAAUUAUACCCCCUGUGACAGAUUCAUUAUCUGCGUGAGAAAGCAGGAGUGUUAGGGGCCUAACCGUAUUCACAGCUGUAAACAAUGGCAACCAAAAAGCUUUAUCCUUGUUUGCAUAAGUAAACUGGCUAACAUGUCACAAUCGGCCCCAUUUAGUGAGCGAGAGCGGGCAAGGUCUGUUUAUCUAAAAUACACAUUAGACAAAUGGCUGGCAGAGGCAAUUACAAACUGGAGGUUUUUCUUUCUGAUAAAUUCUGGCAGAAGGGUGGUUGGUUUUUUUUAAAUGAAUUCCUAAUACGGGGCGCUGUUGAUGAGCGGGGAAAAUGCAUCUUUGUUCAAGAGCGAACGGAAAGGAGAGAGCAGCUGAUGCUUUAGCACCACACCCUGUUGUCAGGAAUAAUCUAGCCUGUGGCUGAUUCACAUCGCCUUUCAUUCACUUUGUGCACCGGGGUUUUUGGAGAGAAUGGAGCAAGAAAAGGGAGAUGGACUCUUACUGCAAUACGAUGCUGCUAGAGCAUCAUGUAUGUAUGAAUAGGACUCUACCAAAUUCACAGCCAUUGAAGGCCACAUCACAGACCGUGAAAUCUGGUCUCCCCCCCGAAGUCUGGUGGUGUGUGUGCUUUUACCCGAUACUGUACAGAUUUAAUGGGGGAGACCAGUGUUUUUCAAAAUGGGGGUACUUCCCCAAAAGGGAGGUGCGGGGUGGGGGGAGGGAUGGGUUUACAGAUUACUGCCAGGAGGUUGUGAUAUUGCCACCCUUACUUCUGUGCUGCCUUCAGGGCCGGAGAAUGGAGAUACAUGCUCCACCUCCUCGGGACAACAGCUGAGCUCCUACCAGGAGCCAGGAGGCUGGAGUUCCACCAGAAUUUGGGAGCCACAUGGAAGGAGUCGGGGACCAUCUACAUCCCACACCCGUGGCCCGUGGCUAGCCUGCAAUGCAUGUCGCCUGGUCAGCAGGAGCUCUGUCACAAAGGAUAGCGCCCUACGUGCCAACCGGAUAUUAACGCUCAGCGGAGCGAGACUUGUAAAUCGGCACCUUGCCAAGCAGAUGUUGCACAAAAGACACCGUAAUUAUAUUGUGGUGGUAAAUAUGGAGUGCCAGUGCGUUGCUUUGGGAUGCAGAGAGUCACACUCACUCUUGUGGGAAAUCUCACCAAGGGAUUCCCACAGGGUUCAACCACGGGGCUGUCUUGGUCGCAGGAACUGUGGCCCCGACCCUCACAAACUCCUAUGUCCCAUGGGCUCUUGAUGAGGUCACUGGAACAGUCACAGUGGCCUUCUGGCUACUUUAAUUUGGCCUGGGGAAGGGCUGGCCCAGGUAGCAGCCCAGGAUGAUGGAGCAACAGGCGUAAAGGCCAUUGCUUUCGUGGCUCUGCGUGGUAUUCGCUCCCAGAGAAGGAGUGUGGUGGAGAAGGCCAAGAACGGAGCAGUGAGGGGUGCAUAAUCCAGCCUUCGGUAGGGUUGCCGUAGCGCUCACCAGGCAAGCAGGGGCGGAACGUUCCUUCCAUAGUUCACGGAACCGACCGGCAUGGACGUGAAUGUCUGUUAACCAUGCAAAGAGAAGUCUCUGUGAGCACAGCGGCUCUCAACACUUCCCCUGCCGUUUUUUCCAUCCGCUCUCGCUUGUGGAUGAAAGACACUGGGCAGCGGCACAGCAGUCAGAGCAUCGGGCCGGCGGAACGAUACACCAAAGUGCAUGCAAAGCAGUGGAAGAUGCAUGCCCACUACUUACUUUGGAUUUGGAUUCACUUCUCCUUUGGCAACACCGACUUUCAGAACCCAUGUCAGAAAAUCUGCCUCUGCAAAGAAGGGGCCAAAUUUGUGAACUGCUCAGGAGUCAAUGUGACUGACGGCAUCAUCUUUCCUGCCGAGACGGAGCACUUGGAUUUGUCCCUCAGUAACUUGGAUUCUGUCCCAAGCAAAGGUCUGAGGUCCCUGUGGAAGCUGCAGGUGCUGCUGCUGAGUGGGAACCGCAUCACCCAUGCUGGAGAGGAAGCAUUCAGUGCUCUGGAGAGCCUCCAGAAGCUUGAUCUGCACGGAAACGAGAUCACGGUGCUUGGAAGCAGUUUUUCCACAGGACUCGCUUCUCUCCAGGAGCUCAACUUGUCCUACAAUCGGCUCCAGGAACUCCAUUACAAGAGCCUGCAGCAUUUUGAGAACCUCCAGAAGCUCAGCAUCCAAAACAACAACAUCUCCUCCAUAGAAAUGGGAGCCUUCCGGAGUCUCACCCGCUUGAGGCAGCUUCACCUUCAAAACAAUCACCUCUUGAACCUCCACAACGGCGUCUUCUCCAUGCUGCAGCGUUUGGAGGUCCUGAACUUGGAAGGCAACAGGAUAAAGACGAUUGCUUCUGAGGUCUUCACCCCCUUGAACAGUCUAACCGUGCUUGACUUGGUGCACAAUGAAAUUGAGCACGUCCGAUUCAAAACCUUCCUUUCCCUCCAGACCCCUGGGACACACAUCUUGCUCUCCUCCAACCCAUGGUUCUGCGACUGUGACCUGCAGAGGGUCUUUGCAAAGCUGCACAGCGUCAGGCGGCUGAUCUUGGAUGACUAUGACAACCUGACCUGCAUGGAGCCGCAAGUCCUGAGAAACCUGUCCCUGGUGGCGGUAGACACCCAGCUCUGCAUUGCGGAGACUGUGACGGUUCUUGUCAUUACCUUUACCGUGUUCAUCACUGUGGUGGCCGCCAUUGUGAUGGCGGAGAGGAACAGGAAGAAAAGGACAGGCAAGCACUGGAGCGAGGACAAUGACCUGUCUUAUGAAUCACAAGACUGAGCUUGGCCUGGGAGAGGGGGGUUUACUUUGCAUCUCUCACCUCUGUUCUGAAGAAGCAGAAAUCGCUCCCCUCUGAGAUAAAGGCUAUGGGAGCCGGACACCCUCUGUAAGAAGUUAGGCUUUUUCUAAGCCAAGUGGGUGUGGUUGUGGCUCGUCAGAAUCACAGCUCUGAGGUCAAAGACAUCAGGGAGAUUGUGCAAGAUUGUCAAGAACUGAGCAGGUGCAGGUAGGGGUCACAGAGAGGUCAGUCAGCUCAGCCUGUAGCUGGUCAAAACCUGCUCAUACCGGUCGGGGCUGGUUUAAAGGCCAGACCUGUCAAUCAGAAUUCUGGAGUAAUGGACAAGCCGGAGGUAAGUGUAGCUAACAAUAGGACGCUACAUGAACAAAGAGCUACAGUGUAGCAUAAAAGGCCAAAGGCUAGCAGCAUUCGCCAAAUCCAGAAGCUGCAUCUCAGAAGCAGAGAGCCACGCAGGAAGAACCAGGAGGCCAGCAAGAGAAGCCAAAGAAAAACUGCUGAGGGGGGAUGGGGAGAGAAACUGGAGAGGUGACUGACCCGGAGCUGGACAGCAGUAGCAUUGACCUGACAUUUUUCUUUUUAAAGAAAACAGCAACCCAUUGAUCGAGUAACCUUAGCAUUCUUGGGGUUAUAGUUUUAAUGGAAGUCUAGUUUACUUCUUAUCGUAUUGCAUCUAUGUGUUUAAUUGUAUUUUAUCUGUGUAAACUUUAAAGCAAUUAUAAGAGCUGCAGUCAGCAAUUUGUUUCCAACUGGUUGCUUGAAAGCAACAAAUUGUUUCACUUAGUAGCAUUUGAAUUACAUGCCACUGCAGUGUAAACGCUCUGUAAAUUGCAAUAAGGGAUUUGUGACUCAGGGAUUUUGUGCUUUAUUUAGGAUUUUUAGGAUACACUGUCACGGGGAUUAUUAGUUACUUCCA